AUGGACAUGGUCAUGGUACGUUAGUUCGACAUGAUCUAUCACCGACCCAAAAGUACUGUUGCUCGCUUGUAUUUAUUGCUAAGUGAACAGUAAAAUUUCGUUACUCUCACGUGAUGCAUUUUCCACCAAUGAGAUGCUAGAAAAAGUGAACUUUGACAAUUGUAUCGUGCCACCUUAACCUGAGAGAUUUUUGUAUUUGAUUGUCAUAUAAAGCUUAAAGGUGAUCUACAGUCCGAUCUGCGCAUGUGCACAAAGGAGCCCACUUUUUAUGAUACAAACAGUUUAACUAUGUUUUGGGUUCUUGAAAAGCCUGAUUAUUGUUUCUUGAUCAUUUAUUAUACUGUAGAAGCUUGGAAAUAUAAAUAGUUGUUGAAUAAAGCUCAAUAUUUUGGACACAAAAAUGUAAACAAAGGCUUUGUUUACAUACAGACUGUAGAGCACCUUUAAGUAAUUGUGACCUACUCUCACAGACACAGUUGUAAACCAGACUUUACAUCUCACAGAUGGAUAUCUUUAUAAUAUGUACAAUUUUUGUACUAAUGUUAAAAUAUUAUUCUAGAUGGACCCAGAUGCAAUAUGCGGUGCUGACGAUAAACUAUUGGAAGAUCUUGGCUUGUGCGCUAAAGGAGAUAUCUGUGCUUUGCGCUCAUAUUGCCAAGGAUGGAACUCUUCAAGCACGCCCUCAGGAUCAUUUACGCAGACUCCUGAAAGCUGUAGACAAGAACGAAAGCGAAAGCUGAUGGCUAUUUUGCAGUCUGGCAAGAAAACUAGGCUGAAGCAAAACGUUGCAGAGACUAGUACUAAAAGUAAAAAACCCAACAAUGUUGUUACGGGAUCUUCUGUACAAAUGAAGGAGAAAACAAGACGAAUCCAGCUUGGAUGGCUACAUUAUAAUAAGAAGGAAGAUCGUUACAUUCAUGUACGGGCAACUAAUGGGGGAGGAACUAGAAAUAUGGAGUUUCCUGCUGCAUACACUAAAGACAAUGUUCUGCAAGCAGCCAUUGGUAUCUUUUUCGAAAACGGACAGUCUAAGUUUGGUUUUGCAAAUGAGAUGGAAUUUGACCUUGCAAACUUUAAAAUGGAGAAAGUGGAUGUCUUAAGAGAUAACGAUGGAAUCGAAAAUCCUUUUACCAUACAAGGGUAUUUUCAGUGUUACAAGCUCUCAAAAGCGCGCAUAUAUCUGAUGUCAAAAGACAAGACUAUCACUGAAGUGACCAACAGUGAGACAGAGGUAGGGUGCGCUAUUUUUUGCACAUCGCGGUUUAUGCGUCAGAAAAAUAUGGCACACACAUUUGCGUGUGCAUGUCAUGGCAGGAAAACCGUUUGCUUUUUUUUAGAUUUGGAAAAUUUAAUACACAUAAAUUAUGUGCAAGAAAUGUACAAUAAAGCAAUUAGCGUUAUUUUAUAUAAAAAUUAAAUUAUAAUUAAAAAAUAAUUAUAUAGAUUAUAUCUUUGAUCAUGUUUGCUUUUGUAUUUAAGGUGAAUGCUACAUCAAAUGAUUUUCCUGCUUGGGAUGAUUUUCUUGACGAAGAAAACCAAAGCACAGUUGGCGACAGUCCACAAAUUUCCUCUCCCAUUUUCAACGAACCUACUAGUAAAAGCCAGCUCAUUGGCACAUCGGAAGAAAGAGCUUCAUUUUUCACAGAACUUGAAGGCAAAGUGCGAAGAUCGGAAUUAGCAGAUCAAGAGAAGGCUCGUGAAAACGAAAGGCAGAAAAGAGAAGCCGAACGGCGUGAAGAACUCCGUUUAUCUCGGGAAGCAAGAGUUUUUCCUGAAGUAGAAAUAGAUGAUCCAAGCCACAUGUUAGUUAAUGUACGCCAUAUUUCUUUUGGUAUUGUAACAAGGUCUUUCAAAAAAGAAUGGUCAGUCUCUGCAGUAUAUGACUGGAUAGGUUCCUUGUCUGCUCAACCAGAGCAUUUUUCGUUGACGUGUGCAAUAACAAAGAAAUUAAUUUUUCCAGACGUUAAAUGUGAGACAGUACAAAGAACAACUCUUAAUAUGAGUGAGAGAGAAAUUCCAGUUGCACUAAGUGAAGAUGAAAACGAAGUGCUUUUUUACGCGGGUAAGUCAAGUCACUUUGAAGUUACCGAUGACACUGUCGUAACUAACACAAACUCGUUUGACCUGGAACAAGUAAGUAGUAUUCCGCCACAACAACUGCUAUCGGGUGAUGAAAAUGACAGUAGUCAAAGUUAUGACGCGGAAAUGUCGACAUACAGAAAACUUCAAGAUAUUCGCCAAACAGAACUGGACAAAAUGCAUGAGACAUGUAUUGCCCUCAUCGACAAGAGUCGGAUUGUCGAAGAAGUUCUCAACCUGUACGAGGAUGAAGCGUUGAUUAGAAAUAGAUUAUCUGUGAGCUUUGUUGAUGCCGUUGCAACUGGGAGUGGCCCUCAACGAGAAAUGUUUUCUUUAUUCUGGAAUUCCUUUUUGUCCGAAAAUGGCAUUGGCUAUAGUCAGUUCACCUUCCGCAUUCAUUCGCACUUCCCACUGGAGCGUUAUCCAAUUUUGGGACGAAUAAUCACGCAUCAAUUCCUUCUCUGUGGAACGUUCCCAAUUCAGUUUGCUCGUGCAAGCACGUCACAUUGUAUUUUCUCUUAG